AUGGUGCAGUCGCUGCGAGAGAAGCACCCUGCUAGCAGUGGCGAGGUACCACAGUGGGUCUGCGAUUUCACCAUCGAUGCUACUCAGCGGCAUUCACUCAUGACCGACAUCCUGGCCAGGGCUAUCCAUACAGCCGCUCGAGCUUCAGCAGCAGGGCCAUCGGGGUGGGUCAGAGAGCAUCUGCGCGACACCUUCCUCACUGAACCUUCCUGCCUUUCCCACCUGUUAAAAGUGUUCAACCAAUGGGUGGCGGGACAGGCUCGGCCGUGGCUCGCUGCAUCCAACCUACUCAGGCUCUCCAAGCCUAACGGCGACGUUCCGCUGGUGGCGAUCGGGGAGGGGGACCCGCUCGGCCCUUUCCUUUUCGCGUUCACGCAGCAUCAGGUGAUGGAGCCGGUUGCUAGGGAGUUCGGGGACCUACUUUUCCUCAGCUAUGCAGACGAUACCUAUAUUUUGGGGCCAGCGGCUAGGAUUCUGGAGGCUUUUGGGGUGCUGCGGGAGCGGUUGGAGUGGGUGGGGCUGGAGGUGCAGGCGCAGAAGUGCCGGUUUUGGGAGCGCGAGGGCGGGGAUGUGAAGCAGGCACUGCCAUUGGGGAUACAACGGAUAGAGGAGGGUCUUACUGUGGUGGGCGUGCCUAUUGGGGAGGAGGAUUUGGAGGUGGUCCGGCUACGGGCGCGGCUUCGACAGUUGCAGGCGCCACUACCAUGGCUCCCCCUGCUUGACCACCCCCAGAUGGCUUCACACCUCCUCGCCAUUGCAGUUUCAGCGCGACCGAUGUACCUCGCCCAGACUAUGCCGCUGCGUCUGGAGGUGGUUGAAGCUUUUAGGGAUUGGGAUAGCUGUUUGGAGGAUUGCUUUGAGCAGCUUUUCCCACCUGGAACUUGGGAGCAGGACCCCGACCGGUCUAGGCGCGCAUGCAUGCAGCUGCAUCUCCCUGUGCGACUCGGAGGGUUCGGGAUCCGGGCGGCGGCCUCUUUGAGCCCACUGUCCUAUCUUUGUGGGUGGGCGCAGGCCGCGCGUGACAUUGCACAGUUAGGGGUGGCGGGUGAGGAGGCGAUGUUUGUAGAGUACCUUACCACUUCGACAGGGGCAGAGUUUCUUGACCCGUGGUUUGUCAAGGCCAGCGACUACCCGCUAGGAGAUGCCGGGCUUACCUCUGUGUGUAGUGGCCCCUCCUCUUCGGCUUUUCCAGGCGCGUCAGCGGCAGUUAGCUGUAGAGGAGCUCCAGGCACUACGCCGCUUGGCUCGUGA